AUGCGCAGCGCGGCAGGGAAGCCCGAAUCUCACUCUCCGCCGACGCCGGCCGCGAGCAUCCAGCGCGCGGGCGGCGCGGCAGCUGAGACUCGGGAUGCCGGCCGCGACCGCUGCUCCGUCCAGCACGGCGGUGGACGCGACUGCAGCAAGACGGCGCGCGACCAGCAGCCAGCAGCCAGCAGCGUGCUUCUCCCGCGCUCCACCCGCGCUUGGCGGGCCCGAGGCGCACGGCGUAGAUUGCUCGCCCUGGGACGGCUUGUGGCAUUGCACCAGUCCCCGCCGAUCGAAGCCUCUGAAACGCAAGCCGAGGCCAAUCAGCGGCGCCCCGGGACGCCCUGCUAUCUCCACCGGCCACCUCCCGACUCAGUCCCAACGGCGGAAACCGUUUCGCCGCCAGGCUCCAGAGCUUCACGAUGCGCGCUGCCCGAUGAUCGCUGCAGCCGCAUCACCGCAAUCACGGGCGGACCAGCCUCACGCAAGCAGCCGCCGCGCGCCGUCGCACCUUGCCAGCGUCCAGCCGUCUUGGCGAAGGCCCUCCAGGCUGGAGUCGCCGCAGAGCGUGCAGGAACGCCUCAGAGCGCUCUCGCAGAGCUGGCACGCUGGCACGCUGGCAAUUCCAAUCGAACAGCCCCCAGCGACCCCUACAUACAGAUCCGCUCGAGGCCGCCUGCCAUCUGCGUGCGACCCCGCGAGUCACGCCUGGGGAGGCUUGUCCCCAGAUCCCCGCCGUCCAUCGCCACUCCUCCAGGCGUCGCCCAACACGGCAGCCUUCUAGAAAGCUGCACAGGCCCGGCAGCCUCGUCAGCCCGCCGCUCGUCUCGAACAUCCGCGCCCUUCUUGGCCGCGCCCGACGCCCCGCUGCCUCCUCCCUGGCCGCCUCGUCAUCACGGCCUCACGGCCAUGCCUCUCUAG